AUGGCGCUUACUGGCCCCACGCUCCUCCUCAUCUUCCUAUCCAUCUGCGGAUUUUGGACUCUUUGGGUCUUUCCAUACCGAAAUGGUCUUCUAGCGAUCUUGGGCCGACAGAGCGAGCCUGGCGCCGUGAUACCAGGUCCUACACCGGCUCCCAUGAAGCAGACAUACACAGGUAUUGGGGUGGUGGACAAGGAGUUGACCUCUCUAGUCAGUUUCUUCUAUACGGCUAUCGAUGGCAAUCGAGCCGAUGUUUCCCUCUCGUUUCUAUAUCUGGGCGGGCAAGUUCUCGCCGCCUGGGCCUUAAUCACGACCGAGGGUCUACGAGCCGGCAAUCAGACAAAGUUUAUCCUUACUGCGACGACGUUGUUCGGUCUCGCAGUUGCAAUUAUAGGCUAUGCCUGUGUUGCGCCCCUCUGGUUUGCGCUUCAUCUCUUGGUAUCGCCGGCCGCGGUCGAUCCGCAGGAAUACCGACUCCUAGUAGACACCCCAGUAAAGCUCGCCCUCGCCCCUGUCAGCAUCCUACUGGGAUUCGGGCUGCCUUCACUUUUGAUGUGUCUUCCCGCCCCAUCCUUAAUAUCAUUUGAAACCAAGCAAACUUGGACGGGGAUCCAACAGGGUUGGUCGAUUUGGAUUGGAAUUACACACCUGGUCUUGACGUCUUUCGCAACGAGCCUGGACUCAAGAGCCACAGCUCUGACCGAAAGUGACAAGAAGGCAAAGACGGUCAAAUACCUGCGACAAGCCUAUGCAUUUGCAAUCGUGUCCUCGGCCGGAUCUCACCUUGCAGCCUUUAGCCUGUCACUUCUUGCGUAUGCUUUCCCGGUCUUGUUCAGCUCAACGUAUCUACCACAACUCCAACCAGACAGGAUUUUUGUUCCUGUCCUGCCUUUCGGCCCACACGAGGUCAAAGUUCUUGCAGACGGAGCUCUCUGGUUUUUGCAAUGGGAUAUUCUAGUGGGAGUUUCGGCGACUCUGAUCUGGGGCUUGACUUUGCGAGUUGCUGCUAAGCAGGAACGGGCAACCCUGGUUCAAAUCCUCGUGGGAGCGAUCAAAAUCGCGAUCGCCUCGCUCGUUUUGGGUCCUUGCGGAACUGCUGCCGUGGCUCUUUGGGGUCGCGAUGAGCUUGUAUUUCGACGCUCGAAUGCUGCCGAAGACCGCACGACUACGAAGAAGGACCAGUGA